CGCACCGCAUUGAACCCGCAACAACAAAAGGGUUCUACUUUACCAACUGCAAGGGAAAUUGACCGACUAAUUGUUCAGAAAUUGUUCAGUCGAAUUUCGAAGAAGAAGAGCACGAGGAGGAUUGGAGCUAUGGUGAGUGGCCAAUCCACUGAGGCAAGGCCGCUGUUCCAUCUGCCGUUUGAGAUAACCAUUGAAAUCCUAUCGAGAUUGCCCGUGAAAUCCCUCUUGCGUUUCAAAUCCGUUUGCAAAGACUGGUACGCUCUCGUGGAAACCCCUGAUUUUAUCUCCAAACAUCUCCUAACCCACUCCACUCCCAAUCGCACCUCUCUCCUUGUGACCACUUACGAUCGUGAAACCCAAAACUAUGCCAUGUCUUUAGUAGUUGACGAUGGGUUAAGUACUGGCCCUAUCAAUCUCGAUUUCCCAUUUCUGAAUAGGAGGAAUUAUCUUCCCAUUGGCCAACAGACUGGGAUUAAUUAUUUUUAUAUUGGGGGUAUCUGUAAUGGUUUAGUUUGCAUAAAUUUGUCUCACCUUGGAUAUCCAUUGAUUCUAUGCAAUCCCUUGACCAAAAAGUUUCGGGAAAUUCCGGAUUCCAAAUGGAAUGGGUUCAAUGGGAAUGGUUACCAUGGCUAUAGUUAUACAAAUGUUAAUUGGGUUAGUUUCGGGUUUGGCUUCCAUUCCAGUGCUAUGGAUUACAAGUUGAUUAGGAUUGUGUUUUAUGCUAGUCCUACGAGGGAAGACAAUGUCCGAGCUGAUUUGUAUGUGAUGAGUACUGAUACUUGGAGAGAAAUUGAUGUUAAUAAGCUUUCGUUGUUCUUUGAGGAGUACGACUUCGUGCAAAUUCUUGGAUAUUCUGCUUCAGUAGUCUUGAAUGGAAUUUUCUAUUGGCCGGCACAGUUAAUCCUAAGUGAUGAAGUGCUUCUUAUGUCCUUUGACAUGGGUGAUGAGGUGUUCAAGAAAAUAACAACACCAGAGUGUUUGGAUAUGACUUGGAAUAAAGCUAACUGGAAAUUUACGGAAUUAAAUGAUAAACUUGCUCUGGUUAUUUCUGCUGAUGAAAGGGCCUUUGAUGUGUGGGUGCUCAAUGAAAACGAGUUUUUGUGGACUAACCAAGUUAAACUUGGAUUCCAAGCUAAACUGGGAUCUUUUCCAUGGCUUCCAAGUUACAAGGGAAAUUGGGAAGAUGCUGAAAAUACGGUGGUGGGAGGUUUGAAAGAUGGUGAAUUGUUAGUGGCUGCGCAUAAAGUUUCUGGUGAUUUAAAGCUCUUUUUGUAUGAUACGAACGCCCGGAAAACGAAGGAUCUUUGUUUUGGUAAUGUUCCACAUGAAUCUUUUGCUUAUUUGUGUGCGGGAACCUUACUUCCAGUCAUGCAAGUCAAUGAAAUAGUGCUCAAUCAGAAGAACGAGAAAAGAAAGCUUUGAUUUCUUGGAAUUUACUCCAGUGCGAUAUUUAUUUUUAUGACGUUUCCUCUGAUCAUUCGUUUUUAUUUCAGUUACAGUUGCUUAACAAUGCCUCAAAGUAGACACUUUUGAAAACUAACGUAAAACUACUCUUAUGCUAGUGCUAUGUUGAGUUCCAUGUAUGACACUGAAAGUACUUUCUUUUGAAUAUGUAAUCUACAAAUGAAUUGACCGUGCCAACGGCACCCUCUCAAAUUUUACA